AUGACCAUUAGAAUUAUAGCACUACGAGCAUAUGUCCCUCUAUCUAGUUUUCAACUUACGCGACAACACCCUUCGUACACAUCUCUGCUACAUUUGAUUCUGCAAUGUUUCUAUCUAUCUAUCUAUCUAUCUAUCUAUCUAUCUAUCUAUCUCACUGUUGACAUUUAUCUAUUUCUCUCUAUAUCUAUCUAUCUAUCUAUCUAUCUAUCUAUCUAUCUAUCACACUGUUCACAUCUAUCUAUCUAUCUCUUUCCAUCUUUCCAUAUUUCCAUCUCUCUCUCUCUCUCUCUCUCUCUCUCUCUAUCUAUCUAUCUAUCUCUUUCCAUCUAUGUAUAUCACUUCCAUCUAUCUCAGCAUUAUACUUCUUUCUUUCUUUCUUUCUUUCUUUCUUUCUUUAUCAGUCUAAUUCUAUCUAUCUAUCUAUCUAUCUAUCUAUCUAUCUAUCUAUCUCAGUUUGAUUCUGUUUUUCUGUCUAUCUAUCUAAAUCUGUUUUCAUUCAUCUAUCUAUCUAUCUAUCUAUCUAUCUAUCUAUCUAUCUAUCUCAGUCAUAUUCUUUGUUUGUUUCUUACUUUCUUUCUUUCUAUCAUAUGUACAUAG